CACUUACUAAAUGUAAUGCGUUUUGUACUGUUCUUUCUUGCAACCAGGGAACAACAACUUAGUCCUUUUGCAGAACUGCAUAUCCAUUUUAUUCGUUAUUUUACAGGUAUCAGGCAACAGCUUGUCAACUUUGCUCCUUCUACAGAAUCUUUUCCUAACUGGAGAACUAUACUAUCACCAACACGGCCUUCCAAAGAAACUAAGACUUCCUCAGUAGCUGAUAUUUCUAUGGGACAGACUUUGGAGAAUGCAAACUUGCUUCAGAUGAUAAAAACAACACUGACUGGCACACAUACAAGAACUUUGGAUCAAACAAACCUGUCUCCCACCCUUUAUCAAGGCAGUGGAAGUAGUGCAUCCCAAGAACCUGCUGAAGUUUCUGCUGAGUCACCCCUGAGGUUGUCAUCUCAAGAUGCAGAUGAAACAGCUGGGGAAUCAGGUUUGCCUCAACUCGUGUUAUCUGGAGUGUCUUCUGGUGCAAAACCUACGGUAGGAACUUCAGAAGCAAAACCACUAACAAGAAAAUCAUCUCCAGCUUCACCAGUGCCAGCUUCUUCCUUCUUGUCGCUAGGCACUGAAAUCACACCUUUGCCAUCUGUGAUGGCUUUAAACACUCCGGUACUGACGCUAACAAAAAAUAACACUGCCACAAAAUUAACCUCAGUUCUCAGUUCAGUAGGAGCUCAUACAGAUCUUCCUUUUGCAACAAGCAACCUGGCUGCCUCACCCGUGGACAUGACAGCUAUGUUUAUAACUCCUAAAAGUAGCACUGUCAUGGCUUCCACGCCUGCAUCCACAGCACACGUACCAAGGCAGAUAAAAACAACUGUCACUGACAGCCAGAAAUUCCCAAGCUCAGAAAUCAGCAAAACAUCAACCCCAUAUCCACUGACAAUUACAGCAGCUUUGACAUCUAUUACAGCGUCAGCGAAAGCAACUAGGCUUCCCCCUACUCGAGUGGAAAACACUUCUGCUCCUUCAGAAACAACAGCAGCAUCAGCUUUCGCUAACAUGACCGCAGCUCCUCCUCUGGAUUGCCGGCUCUCCUGGAACCUUAUGGUUAAAACGGUUCUGUUUCUGAACACGAGAAGGAUGAUGAUCAGCAAAUCCUUCAAGGAGAGUGUGACAAAAGGGCUUAACCAGGCGCUGAGACAAGCUUUCAACCAAAAUGUCAGCACUCAGGUGGAAAUCCUGGAGCAGUCAAGUAACAUCACAGUUGGUUACUAUGUUACACGAGGGAGACUGGUUUUUAUACCGGCUGCUGUAAUUGAAAGACUAAUUGCCUAUGGCAUUAGCAAUGCCACAGCAGACUUAAAGCAACACAUUCUGAGUCUUCAGUCCAUUGUGGCCCUGGCAAUGCCGUGGAAGCCACUUCCUGCGUACCACUUCCAGCUGAAGACAGAGCUGCAGUUUGUAAGUCAAACAGAUAAUAUACAGUCAUGCAGAUUUGUUCAGACGAUGGAGCAAAGGUUACAGAGAGCAUUUCAAGAUGCUGAAAGAAAGGUCUGGAACACCAGCAACAACCUAACAGUUGAGAUUUUGAACACCUCCAAAGUCUCUCAAGCUGUCACUCUGUUUUAUGUAGUCAACAAUCGCAGCACAACUUUAAAUGGCACAAUUUCCAGCAACCUUCUUAAUCAGCUGUCAGCUGAGCUGGUGGGUUUCUAUCUAACCUACCCACCUCUCACCAUUGCAGAGUCUUUGGAAUACCCGAACCUGGAUGUCUCAGAGUCAACUAGAGACUACUGGGUGAUCACAGUUAUACAAGGGGUUGAUAUUGCAUUACUGGGACUGAACAAUCAGAGCUUUGCGAGAUUAAUGGAGCAGCGCUUGGCCCCGCUGUUCAUGAUGUCCCAUCAACAAGGAAGACGCUUUAAACGUGCCACCACUGUGGGCAGCUACACUGUGCAGAUGGUAAAAAUCCAACGAAUUCCGGGACCCAAGGAGCCAGCUGAACUGACAUACUAUACUUUGUACAAUGGGAAACCUUUGCUGGGCACCGCAGCUGCCAAAAUUUUGAGUACUGUUGACUCCCAGCGGAUGGCCCUGACACUGGGUUAUGUGAUUCAAGUUCAAGCUGAUCCUGUGGUGAAGAACCCACCCAACAACCUGUGGAUCAUUGCAGCGGUGCUGGCUCCCAUUGCUGUGGUUACAGUUAUCAUCAUUAUCAUUACAGCAGUUCUGUGCAGAAAAAACAAGAGCGACUUCAAACCGGAUACCAUGAUGAACCUGCCUCAAAGAACUAAACCAGUACAAGGCUUUGACUAUGCCAAGCAACAUUUAGGUCAGCAGGGAGCUGAAGAUGAAGUUUUACCAGUAACUCAAGAGACUGUUGUACUUCCACUUCCAGUCAGAGACGCUCCUGCCUCCCAGGAGAGAGAAAUCACUCAGGAUGGGAGCACCAUUAAAACAGCCCAAUCCAAUGAAACAAGGAAAAGCCGGUCCCCGAGCCAGAACGGCUCCAUCAUCAGCAACGAGUCGGGAAAGCCCAGCUCCAGCCGGAGCUCCCCGCAGAAAGUCGUGGCACCGCAAAAAGUGACAAAAGACGAGGGCAGGAAAAGAAACGGUUUAAAAUCUUCCAAGAAAAUUGUACCCAUCAGCGAUGAAGAGGAAGGAGGCAUUCUCUUUGAUAACAUUGCCAAAUCUGCCAUUGACCCCUUUGACACCUCUUCUGGAUCUGUACAGCUGAUUGCUAUCAAACCUGUGGCACUACCUGCUGUUCAUGCUGCAUCAGAUAGAAGUCAGGAAUCUGCCAUCAUUAAUGGAGAGGUGAACAAGGCUUUGAAGCAGAAGUCCGAUAUAGAACAUUACCGCAACAAGCUGCGUUUGAAAGCCAAGAGGAAGGGGUACUAUGAUUUCCCACAGGUUGACAACAACAAGGGGCUGACAGACAGAAAAAGGAUGUAUGAGAAAAACCAGAAAGAAAUUGACCAUAUUUUGGAUCCUGAUCCAGAUGUAUCAUCUCCGUUUGCUGAGCCCAAGAGCAGGCAACAGAUAAAGAACUCAAUAUACAGAAGCCGGCAGUCUUUGAACAGUCCUAGCCCAGGAGAAACUGAGAUGGAUCUUCUAGUGACUCGAGAAAGACCUAGGCGUGGAAUCCGUAACAGUGGAUAUGAUACUGAGCCUGAAAUAAUAGAAGAAACAAAUGUUGAUCGUGUCACUGAGCCUCGGAGCUACACCAGGUCCCGUCAGGCCAAAGGCCACUCAGAGACCUCAACUUUAAGCUCUCAGCCCUCCAUUGAUGAGGUUCGACAACAGAUGCACAUGCUCUUGGAAGAGGCUUUCAGCCUGGCCUCUGCUGGUCACGGAGGACAGAGCAGGCAGGAGGCCUACAGCUCCGCACCACACUUGCCCUAUUCAGAGGUGGUGACCAGCGCUCCUGGUACCAUGACCCGACCUAGAGCGGGUGUGCAGUGGGUACCCACAUACAGACCAGAAAUGUAUCAGUACAGUCUACCGAGACCAGCUUAUAGAUUUUCUCAGCUUCCCGAGAUGGUGAUGGGAUCUCCUCCUCCUCCUGUCCCUCCCAGAACUGGUCCUGUGGCUGUUGCCUCUCUCAGGAGGUCUACAUCAGAUAUUGGCAGCAAAGUGAGAAUACCAGAGUCCAGUGGGGUGGAUCAGGCCCAGCAUCACGAUCCAGCUUCUUAUGCACCUGGUUCAAGAGCUCCAAUGCCUGUAGGCCCACUUGAUCAAUCAGCUUUUCACUCAGGAAAUACAGUACCAGCAGUGUUUGCCAUACCAGCAGCAAACCGACCUGGCUUCACAGGCUAUUUUAUCCCAACACCACCCACAGCAUAUAGGAACCAAGCCUGGAUGCCCUAUGCUGGGGAAAAUGAAUUACCAGGACAGUGGGCAGACUCAGUUCCGCUCCCCGGAUACAUCGAGGCUUAUCCAAGGCCCCGCUACCAACACAGUUCUCCGUCACGACUGCCUCGCCAAUACAGCCAAUCGGCAAGCAUGCAUCCCAGCUUGGAACAAGCUCCUUUGCCCUCUGCCACAGCUUCUCAACAGAGCCUGACAGAAAACGACCCGUCCGAUGCUCCUCUCACCAACAUUUCUACAGCUGCCUUAGUGAAGGCAAUAAGAGAAGAAGUUGCUAAGCUGGCCAAGAAGCAAACAGAUAUGUUUGAGUUCCAGGUUUAAUGUCUUUUGUGCGCAGCUUUUGUAUCGUGUAACUUGAAGUAGCCAAGAAAGCGACCUCUUUAAUUCUCACUUAAAAACAUACAGUGAAUUGUGCAAAGUGACUGCGUUUUUCUCCAUCUGAAAAGUCAACGCUAUGAAAUGACUUGCAGUAGAGCAGCAGGACCCUGAAGAUAUGUAUUCUCCUUGCCAGCUAAGGAAAUGCUGCCAGUUAACUCUUAAAAAUGGAUGAUAAUGAUCACAUGCGAGUGUUUGUCACUUGGCACUCACACCGUGACCCAUCAUCGCUAGAGAUGCUGCUGUGCAUGUCAGUGCCAUGCAGUGUUUCAGUUGCAGGCCCAAAUGCAGAGCUGCUGAAGAAAAUAUCUUCUGCAUGUCCAAACCUUAUUUCUUUGAUUAAAGAAGAAAACGGAUGGAAAAUGGCAAGCUAAAGGCCACGGUAGGCGUGGCAGUCACGUUAAUUUUUUGUUGCGAGAGAUUGUACAAGGAACGUUGAUUGAAUUGAUCUGUGUCGCUGCAGCCUUUUCAUUCUAGAGACUGUAACCAAACCAAAAGAAUCUGAGAUGAGUAAGUAAUACUAAUAAACGUUCUGUGAAUAGCUCCAAUUCUUUUCAUCCUCUUUACAGUAUAAAGAAGUGAAAGAAGAGAAGACUGUGAGGGGACUAAUGAUAUUUUGAUAAUUAAUGGCUACCUUGUCUGUGAAUGCCACUGAUGAGUUACGGAGAUUUUUUCUAUGUGAGAGAGCACAAUCUGUGAAGAGCUAACAAAGGAAACUGGUGCUAGAAGUUUCCAGGAGAAAUGAAAAAAGGUUAUUUGUGUUCGCUCUAUAUUUAGGCUUUUCAUUCUGAAUGCAUGUGAAGCUGGUAAACAUGAGACCUUUGAGCAAGCCUUUCCAACCUGGAAUAGUGAAUACACCUGCUUGUACGAGACAACCUCUGUUUGACACAGUGCUUUUUUCUCUUUCUUAAACAAUGCUAUCUACUGAAUGGCUACCUGAAGUCACUUUGAUCUUGAUCGGACUGGAACAGUGCGUACACACGUAGGAAGUUCUGAAUGUAGAGGACCUGAUGAUUAUAUUGACAUGUAAAUAAGAAUACGGUUAAAUGGAUUAACAAGAACACUGGUGUGCUUUGAAAAUAGAGGGCGUUUCUGGAAAUGAGGCUGACUGUACAUUGCUCAAGAUAAAGAUUGCUAAUAGUUAAACUGCAUUAUUGUGUGAAUCCAAUCCCGAAAGAAAAUCAGACCAGUUGAAUAGGACAGUAGUUUGUCUUUUGCAGUUGUACAGAAUAGUUGGAGAUCAUGAACAACUGUUUUCAGUUCCUUUGGCCAUUAGCUUCGGGAACUGAAGUUGUUGCAAAAUACAUUGUGUUGGGCUUGUCUGAUGUCAACUGGAGUUAAAGGUAAUGUCCUUCAUUUCAGUAAGUUAUUUAGUUAUUCUCAACUGCUUAUGUUAUUUUGUUGGAUCACUUCAUUUUCUUGAAUUUCUUUGGUCUUUACCAAGGUGAGACAGAGAGCUUAGUUUAGCUUUUUGGCCAUCAGUAAAAUGAGAGGAGUAGGUAUGAGACUAGAGUAGGGGAAAGAAGAAGAAACUGAUGAAGCACAAACUUUUAAUACAGAGCUAUUUUUUCCCCCGAUUGAUUGUAUAAUAAACCCUGUUUGAGAUCAUGAUAAAUAGUUAUCCUAGAAUAUAUUGACAUCUGCUCUGAGACCUUAGGUAUUGCAGAAUCUUUAGGAAUGCUAGCUGAUCUUUAAACUAUUGUGAAAUUUCAUUUUUAUUAUUUAAAAAUCAAAUAUAAAUAAAAUGUAUUUUUGUAAUCUCAAUGUAUAUACUUGCUGUAUGUUUAUACAAGUGACUGGUCUGCAAUAGUCAGAAAAUUUCCACAAACCAAGUGCAAAAAAAAAAAAGAAAAAAAAAGAAAAAAA